CUGUUGAGCGAGCUAUCGGCUUUGGAAUCACAGCUGAAUUCAUCGUCGGGUGGCGACCAGCUAUUACUUGGACUGCCAACGCUGCCAGUAUCGACGUCCAGAAAUAAUAGUGCUAAUUUGAGCGAACGUAACAGUCAAAUAAUAUCUUCAAAUGCAACCACACCAACAUCGAACCAACAACAUUCUCAUGUUGAUACACAUAAGAGGUUGGUUGACUGA